AUGCCUGCACAACCACUACCACCCCCGAUUCACGUCCUUCUCAUCGGGGCGUCCGGCUACAUUGGAGGCAGCAUCCUGUCGCACCUCUGCUCUGAGCCGAACACUGCCACCUUUCACAUCUCGGCACUCGUGCGCAAUCCGGCGGAUGCAAAGACCAUCACCACCUCGUACCCUGAGGUACGAACUCUGCUUGGCGACCUCAGCAAUGAAGCGCUCCUUCGUGACGCGGCCGCGGAGUCAGAUGUAGUCAUCUAUGCCGCGCGAAACACUCAGGACGGCGUCGAGCCUCUCAUGGCAGGGCUCGCCGCCGGGAGAGGGCAGAGCUCUGUGCAACCGUAUCGACCGGUCCGCCCUGCGCUGUUCAUCAUGCUCAGCGCCAUCAUUUCUCUUGCCGACCCGAAAAACCUCCGGCUAGGCGAGCCCCCGUUGGAGUCCAGCAAGCCGACGAGCGAUGUGGACGACAGGGAAACCAUCGCCUCCCUCCCAGACUACCACUGGCACGUCGCGCAGGAGCGAGCUUUUCUGCGUCUCGCGUCCGAGAAGGGCCGGGACAUCAUCGCACCGGUUAUCAUGAGCCUCCCACUCACAGUAGGCGACGGGACAGGCCCGGUGCGCAAGCGUGGCUUCGUCCACGCGUACGCGCAGGCUUUGCACCGUCGACAAGGCAAGAAGCCCUUUAUCAUGGGCCAGGGCCGCAAUGUAUGGAGCUGGAGCUCGCCGCGCGACCUAGCUGCUGCCGUUGGGUUUGUUGUGGAUUCCUGGACGGCGGCGGGGGAUGGGGGCCAUGACAACCUAGAGGGUCAUGUCUUUGUGGAAUCUGGGCAGCUUGAGAUGCGCCAAGUGGCCAGCUACGUUGGCCAGGCUCUUGGUUCCGUUUCCGAGGGGAACCCCGCGGCAUCAGCGGAUGAAUGUGAAUCGUUGCAGUAUCCGCAGUUCGCGGAACUCAUGCCGGAGCUGCCUGGGCUCUGGGGCGUCACCGCUCGGUGCCAGGCUGAUAGGUUGAGGGGGAAGGGUUGGAAGCCCGUCGCAACUGAGUGGGAGCCGCUUGUGGAAGAGUGUGUCAGGACUUCAUGUGUAUAG